ACCAUUUCCUCUCUCUCAGCUCAGCAAACUUCUUGUUUACCUCUUUAAAGAAACCUAUUUUCUUCUCUUUUUCCUCUGUUUAAUCACAUGGGAUUCUCCAUUUGAAGCUUGAAAGUCUGAAACUUUGAUUGUUUUUUCAACCCUUUUGCUUGAUUGAUUUGGAAAGACCCUUGGAUUGAACAAGUGCUCAGAAACAAAUCUCAUGGCCUUCGAGCAGUAUUAUUCAAACGAGUGGAAAUCGAUCCCUACUCCAGAAUCAUCAGACUCAGAGAAGACGUCUGCCUGCUUCGAUUGCAACAUCUGCUUGGACUUUGCCCGUGAUCCGGUUGUUACACUUUGUGGCCAUCUCUAUUGUUGGCCCUGCAUUUACAAGUGGUUUCACUUCCAGAGUGACUCUCUGUCUUCGGAUGAACGCCCUCGGUGUCCAGUUUGCAAGGCUGAAAUCUCCCAAACAGAUUUAGUCCCUCUUUACGGGCGUGGGGUAACACUGCCUGAAUCUGAGCCUGAAAACAAGCUCACUCUAAAAGUGCCUCCCAGGCCAUCUGCUUUCGGUCCAUUAUCCUUGUCAAAUUCCUUUAAUCCUUCUCAGCAACCACCACAUCCUAAUGCCUAUGAUCCCUAUGCCAGUUACCUCAACAGUUCAUCGCCGCCUUCAUUCAAUCAUGGAAACAAUACAUCAGUGGGAGUCUUUCAUCCAGUUGUUGGAAUGUUAGGAGAGAUGGUUUACGCUAGGGUAUUCAGAAACUCAGAGAGUUUAUACACAUAUCCUAACUCCUACCAUCUAGUGGCAAAUAGUAGUCCAAGAUUGAGAAGGAGGGAAAUGCAGGCUGACAAGUCUCUAAACAGAAUUUCCCUUUUCCUCUUCUGCUGUUUUCUUCUUUGCCUAUUGUUAUUCUAGUUUCAUUUGAGGCACUCUUUUGUCCUCUUCCAUUUCAUCUUGUACACAUUGUAUAAAAUUGAUGUUUUGAUGAGCAUCAAAUCAUUUAAAAUCAUAUAUGUGAGAUGAUAAUAAGCAAGAUUUUGGCUCAAGCAUAAUGAGUUCAAACUGACAUUUUUGAGUUA